AUGCCUCCUUCUUUGGCUACGGAAAAUUCAUCGCUUUUAGCUCAAGCACACAAGCAAGUCAAUUAUAAUGGAGACAUUGCGAUAGAAGAUGACGAGACUGGGACUAUCUCUGUUGUAAGCACCUCGCCCGCUAAAUCGGUUGAUCAGCAUGACGAUUUGUUAAAGAAGAGAUUGAACGGAUCACCAUUGAUGGUUGUAUUAGUCGGCCUCUGGGUUGGUGUGGGUUUAUCAUCGCUUGAUGCCUCCAUUGUUGCCACCAUCUAUCCCCAAAUUGGCACUGAGUUCAAAAGAUCAAAUGAAAUUGUCUGGAUUGCAACAGCUUACUUGCUCAGCUACACUGCACUUCAACCCUUAUAUGGUCGUAUUUCGGAUGCAUUUGGUAGAAAAAAUGCAUUGUUAUUUGCAACUAUUGUGUUUUUCGUUGGUUCAGGUUUAUGUGGUGCUUCCACAAAUUUGUGGGCCUUGGUUAUCUCAAGAGCUAUCGCUGGUGUUGGCGGAGGCGGUAUGAAUACAAUGUCGGCUGUCAUUUGUAGUGAUCUUGUAUCUUUGCGUGAAAGAGGCAAGUACCAAGGAUACGCUAAUAUAGCUUAUGGUCUUGGCUCUGUCAUUGGCGCCCCUUUGGGUGGUUUAAUUACUGACAAUAUUGGCUGGCGUUAUUGUUUCUACAUCAACUUACCGCUCUUGCUUAUCUCCUUAUAUGUUGCCAUCUACCUACUCACUAACUACAAUUUGGAGGAGCAAGCAGAUGAUUCAACUGUCAUGGAGAGAUUCAAGAAGAUUGAUUACUUGGGCGCAAUGAGCGUUGUAUCUGCCGUUGUCUGCUUUUUGUUGGCCACCUCCAUGGGCGGUAAUUCUCGUCCCUGGAGCGAUCCUUUGGUUUAUGGACUCUUGAUCUCAUCUGUCAUUUUUGGUCUUAUCUUUUGCUACAUUGAAUCCAAGGUUGCGUCAAAUCCACUUAUGCCAUGGCAUAUUAUAUCAGCUCGCACUCCACUUGCCUCCUCAAUGGUAAAUUUCUUUGGCGUGAUGGGAUCUUUUGCCAUGACCUACACCACUCCUCUCUUUUUCCAAGGCGUUUUGGGUUACUCUUCCUCUCAAGCUGGUCUUUUCUUCCUACCAAAGGUUCUCGCUAUGUCCUGUGGCUCUCUUGCUUCAGGUUUUUGGAUGGCCAGAACAGGUGAAUAUCGCAAAUUCAUCACAGUAUCCACCUUGACUGCACUUGCUGCAAUGGUUUGUACCAGUUUCUGGACUCGAGAUACCUCUUUUGCUUUCCUUAUUGUUUGUCUUUUAUUGGACGGCUUCUCAUCAGGUGCUAUCAUUACAACAGCUCUUGUUGCAAUGCUUUCGUGUGUUGGUAGUAGUGACAUGGCAACUAUCACUUCGAUAUCAUACUUGUUUCGUUCUGCUGGUGGUGUUAUCGGUAUCUCUGCUACAUCUGCCAUCUUCCAAGGUGUUGUCAAGAAAAUCUUGAAUGAACGCAUUACCGGCCCUGACGCUGCAGAGAUUAUCGACAUUGCUCGCAAAUCAAUGACACAAGUGCGUGAUCUUCUUCCUCCUCAGUACCUUGCUAUUGUCUUGGACACCUACGAAGUUGCAGUUCGCUACUCCUUCUAUUUGUGUGUUGGAAUAUCUGUAUUUUGUGUUUUAUCCAGCCUGUUUAUUCAGCAAUUUCAGUUACACACAAAGGUUAAAUAA